CGUAAAGUUGAGGCUCAGUCAAAUGUCAAAGAGAGAACACGCAAACAGGUUUUCAGUACAGGGUGGAUUUACGUCUUCAUUUGAGUUGUGGAGGGAGUGGAGAGGAAGGAGUAAGAACCCGCAGGGAAAUCUGGAUUGAUUCGACUACAGUUUUGUGGUCUAAAUGGACUCUCUCGGUCUGAAACGACUGAGAACGACUUUGGACGAUAAAAGGACUCGUUUCUUUUCCAUUAAUAUGACGGUGAUGUUUGUUUGACACGACACCAGCCUGGAAAUUUGAAUGAGGAUGACCGCCCUCACGAGGAAGGUGCGGCAGGUGCUGUGCGUCCUGCUGCUGCCGUGUGCUCUCCAACUCUGCAGCGCUCAGACACAAGGAGUGGUCGUUUGUUACGGCACGCAGAACAUUCUCAGCAUGACCGGAAACUCAGAGAACCAGUACAACCUGAUGAAGGAGCGGUACACCGGCUGUGAGAUUGUGAUGGGAAACCUUGAGAUCACCAUGAUGGAGCACACCAGAGACUUCUCCUUCCUGCAGUCUAUCAGGGAAGUGACAGGCUACAUCCUAUUUGCCGUCAACGAAUUCAGCCGCCUGCCUCUGGACCAACUGCGUGUCAUCAGAGGCACCACCCUGUAUGAGAACCAGUAUGCGUUGGCUGUGAUGGUCAAUUACCAGAAGGAAGGCCAGUAUGGCCUUCAAGAACUGGGCCUGACACACCUCACAGAGAUACUGGAGGGAGGAGUGAAGAUCAUCCAGAAUAAGUACCUGAGCUACGCCCCGCAGGUGAACUGGCUGGACAUAGUGAAGGAUGGAACAGCUCAGAUUAUGAUCGAGGGCAACGGGCCUGAAAAGCCGUGUGACAAAGCAUGUGUAGACGUGUCAUGUUGGGGUCCAGGAGGUGACAGCUGCCAGAUCUUGACAAAGACUGUGUGCGCCCCUCAGUGUAACGGCCGAUGCUUCGGUAUAAACCCCAGCGAGUGUUGUCACAUUGAGUGUGCUGGAGGCUGCACUGGGCCCCUGGAUACAGACUGCUUUGCUUGCAGGAACUUCAACAACUCGGGCUCUUGCGUACCUCUGUGUCCUCAGACACUCAUCUACAACAAGAACACAUUCAAGCUGGAGCCCAACCCCAAUGCCAAGUACCAGUAUGGCUCCAUCUGUGUGGCCCAGUGCCCCACUAACUUUUUGGUGGAUGACAGCUCAUGUGUGAGCAACUGUCCAUCUGAUAAAAUGGAGGUGGAGAAGAAUGGAGUGAAAAGAUGUGAGCCUUGUGGAGGCCUGUGUCCAAAAGCUUGCCAUGGAACAGGAAGUCCAACGAGACAAACCGUCGAUGCUCGUAACAUCGACAGUUUCAUAAACUGCACUAAGAUCCAGGGCAGUCUGCACUUCCUGGUAACUGGGAUUAACGGUGAUGAGUACAAUGGCAUACCGGCCCUCGAUCCAGAAAAACUGAAAAUCUUCAACACGGUGCGGGAGAUUACAGACAUCCUCUCUAUCCAGUCGUGGCCUGGAAACAUGUCUGACCUGUCAGUCUUCUCUAACCUCCAAACAAUUCAAGGCAGAACACUUUACAAAGUGAGCACAAGAAGGGGCUACUCUCUUCUGGUGAUGAGGAGCCCCUCUCUGACUUCCCUGGGCUUACGCUCGCUACGAAAAAUAAAUGAUGGCGGCGUCUACAUCAAAGGAAACAAGAAGCUCUGCUACCAUGAUACUGUCAACUGGACACGUAUCAUAAGCAGCAGCAGCUCCCGCCCACAGCGACGCCCAAAGCCCAUUGACAUCAAGGACAACCAAUCAAGAGACCAGUGUGUUUCUAACGGUCAAGUGUGUGACCCCCUGUGCUCCUCUGAUGGCUGCUGGGGUCCCGGACCAAACCAGUGUGUGUCUUGUAAGAAAUACAGCAGGGGAGGAACGUGCGUGCUGGACUGCAUGUUCUUAACUGGGGAGAGGCGAGAGUUUGCCACUUCAUCAGGGGAGUGUAUGCCCUGUCACCCUGAGUGUAAGGUCCAGGAGGGGAAGGAGACCUGCACAGGCCCGGGAGCAGAGCAGUGUGUAGCAUGUGCCAGCCAUCAGGACGGUCCACACUGUGUCUCCUCGUGUCCCGAGGGCGUGAUGGGAGGGGAGGGAAUCAUCUUUAAAUACCCCAACAAGCAAGGCCACUGUGAGCCAUGCCACAUCAACUGUACCCAAGGGUGCGAUGGUCCAGGAAUUGGAGACUGUGUGGGGUCUUCCCGUUACAUCUCAGGUCAACAGACCAUGGCCAUUGCACUGGGAGUGAUUGCCCUCAUCUUCGUUUCAUUCUCUGCCUUUGUGCUGACUGUUCUGUACCGCCGAGGUAUCGCCAUCCGUCGCAAGCGAGCGAUGAGAAGAUACAUGGAGAGUGGAGAGAGUUUCGAGCCUCUGGAGCCCGGAGAGAAAGGAGCUAAAGUCCAUGCUCGGACGCUGAAGACCACAGAGCUGCGUACGAUCAAACUGCUGGGUAAAGGAGUGUUUGGAACAGUCCAUAAGGGUAUUUGGAUCCCUGAGGGUGAUACAGUGAAGCUUCCUGUGGCCAUAAAGACGAUUCAGGAUCGCACCGGUCGGCAGACCUUCUAUGAGCUGACAGAUCACAUGAUGGCAAUGGGAAGCUUGGACCACAUUAACGUUGUCAGGAUCCUGGGUAUCUGCCCCGGGGCCAGCCUGCAGCUCGUCACUCAGCUCAGCAAUCAGGGCUCCCUGCUGGAGCACGUCAGGAACUCCAAGAACAACCUCAGCCCGCAGAGGCUGCUCAACUGGUGUGUUCAAAUCGCAAAGGGUAUGUAUUACCUGGAGGAGAACAGGAUGGUCCACAGGAACCUGGCUGCCAGAAAUGUGCUCCUGAAGAGUAAUUACAACGUCCAGAUCUCAGACUAUGGCAUUGCAGACCUGGUUUACCCUGAUGACAAGAAGUACUUUUACAAUGAGGCCAAGACACCAGUCAAAUGGAUGGCCUUGGAGAGUAUCUUAUUUCGCAGAUACACACACCAGAGUGAUGUCUGGAGUUAUGGUGUGACAGUGUGGGAGAUGAUGUCUUAUGGGGCAGAGCCGUACGCAGCAAUGCGUCCACAGGAAGUUCCUGAUCUGCUGGAAAAGGGCGAGCGUCUGUCCCAGCCUCAAAUUUGCACCAUUGAUGUCUACAUGGUUAUGGUGAAAUGUUGGAUGAUUGACGAAAAUGUACGUCCAACAUUCAAAGAACUGGCCAAUGAAUUUACCAGAAUGGCCAGAGACCCACCUCGUUACCUGGUCAUCAAAGAGGACUGCAGCCAACAGGACCCGCCCCUGGAUGAAGUUGCACAGCGGAGUGCAGACCUGGAUGACCUGGAAGACCUGGAUGAUCUAGACAAUGAGCUGAAGGACCAGGAGGCGGAAGGAGUGGUGGAUGGCAUGAUUCCACCAUCUAUCUACCUGUCUCCGUCCAGGAGUCUCAGUCGCCUCUCCAGGAUGGACACUCACAGAGUGGUUCUUAAUUCAAGCGUUGCAGGAUACCUCCCCAUGACCCCCGGUGUUGACAACCCAGGACAGGCCGUGUGGCAGUCACGCUCUCGACUCAACUCAGCCCGCACUGUGUCUGAGAGCUCGGAGGGCUGCGGCACAGCAGUGGAGCUGGAGAUGAACGAGGACUUCUCUCUGACAGGGAGCCUGAAAAGAAGACGUCAUCGUGAGGACAGUGCUUACAUGUCACAGAGGGACAGCAUGUCCGGUGGGCCACCAGAGACUCCAUCCCCGGAGAUAGAGGAAGAGGACCAGAAUGGAUAUGUGCUUCCUGGAGACAGCCCAGAGAGAGAUACCCUACUUUCAUCUCGAGCCACUCCUGGCAGGAUGGGCAAGUCUCAUUCAUCAGGCAUCUUGGAUGAUCCAGACAAUGAAGAAUAUGAGUAUAUGAACAAGCAGACACCUGUCUCGCUCAGGCACAACAGCCACUGGCUGAAGCCGAACAAAAAACGAACCUCCUCUGUAUCGUCACAAGUGACAGCAUGCUCAGGUGAUACCACGCCGUCUGUGGAGGUCAGAGGAGUUCACACGAGGAACAAAGACAACUCUGACUCGGAGCAGCAGGGGUCUAACGAAGUUGAAUAUGAAUACAUGGACAUCAGAGGUAGUGAGAAAGACGAAAGCCCUCCAGUACAUGACCCUCCACCUCCUCUGACGCCAGCAAGGAUUAGAGGACAGGUGGAGGAUGAGGUGGAGGAAGAGGAGGAUGAAUAUGUGGAGGACAGUAACUAUCAUUACACAAACAGACAGCCGAAGCUGCGACAAGCCCUUCGAGACAGGAAGGAGCUGAAGAUACAGGGCAGGGACGAUGCUGAGGCGUAUGAGUACGAGGACAUGGACUGCUUUGCUGCUCUGCGGCCUGGAGAUGUAGUGGUGUACCAGAACCUGCACAGGGACGGGGAGGGAGCAGUGGGGGGCACGGAGGUACAUCGAUCUGGAUUUGAACCUUAUGUAAAAGUGCGAGCUGGAGUCGGGGUCGGGGAACCUGCAGGUGGCGACAGAUCUUUUGACAAUCCAGACUACUGGCACAGCAGGAUGUUCCUGAAGCCCAAAGCAGUGCCUACGUGAAGACCAUUUUAAAUCUCACGAACUUCCCCUCUGAGAUGUAUUCAUGAAGGACCUGAAACGGGAAAUGCAAUCAAACGCCAUGUUAAUACUGUAGCCUAAGAGACCAGUUAAAAACAGCUGACAACAUGUGUGACUUUUUCACAGCUUAGUUGUCUGUUACAGGCUGACAUUAUAUCUUGUAUUUAGGCCUUUGAUUUUGGGCAUUUCCAGAAGUAAUAGCACUGACUGUUGAAAACACUACCAGAAAGGAACAGAUUACAAGCUAUAUCUCUCUGUUUACACUUUGUAAUGAACAAAGAAUGUUUUUGAGAACAAAUGCAUUUGUUUGUAAAUGUUUUGAGACCUCUUUGUGUGAUUAUACUGUACAUGAAAUACAUUUUAUACACAAUAAAAAUAUUUUGAAUAGCUAUUUUGAAGCAGCAACUUUUUUA